AUGUCAAAGACCAAAUCCAUAGCUUCAAUGGAUUUUGAAUCGCCAGUGGUAACCACGGUAGAUUGCCAGAACCAAGUCCAAUCAUGGCGUCUCCUCCGCUCAAUCAUUAAGCUUCUCAUCCCAACUUGCAACUCCACAUUAGUCCAAGAACUAGAACAAGAAAACCCUAACUUGAGAAGCAAGAAUCUCUACAACGACAUCAAAUCACGCACUUCCUCUUUCCGUUCCUCUUCUUCCCUCUCUUCGUCCACAGUCACUGGAACCAUCUUCGGAUACCGUAAAGGGAAAAUCAAUUUUUGUAUCCAAACACCAAGAAAAUCGACAAACCCUGAGCUUCUCCUCGAGCUAGCCGUUCCAACAACGGUCUUAGCUCGGGAAAUGAGAGGAGGAGCGUUGCGUAUAGUCUUGGAAAGGAACAACCUAGAACAAGAGGGUGACUCUGUUUCUUCGAGGCCGUUUUGGAACAUGUUUUGUAAUGGAAAGAGAGUUGGGUAUGCAAGAAAGCGCCGUCCGUCUAAAGAUGACGUGGCUGCGUUAACGGCUUUGAGUAAGGUUGUUGUGGGAGCUGGACUUGUGACUGGGAAAGAACUUGGAAGGUUCGAUGAUGAGUUGAUGUAUUUGAGAGCUAGUUUCAGAAGAGUUUGUGGUUCGAAGGAAUCUGAAUCUUUUCAUUUGAUUGAUCCAGCUGGGAAUAUUGGACAAGAACUCAGCAUCUUUUUCGUCCCAUCACCGGUUUGAUUCAGUUAUACCGGUGAGAAAGAUGAUCGUACAUAACGGUUCUGUUUUUUUUUUUUUUAAGUUUCUUUCCUUUUCUGGUUCUUUGGUCGAGAGA